GUCGUCAAGGGCGCCUGGUCCAAGGCCGAGGACGACCGCCUGCUGCGUCUCGUCGAGGAGCACGGCGCCGAGCGCUGGGUCAUCAUCGCGCAGCACAUGGGCAGCCGCAGCGGCAAGCAGUGCCGCGAGCGCUGGCACAACCACGUCGACCCGUGCAUCCUGCGCAAGCCCUUCACGCCCGAGGAGGACGCCAUCAUCAUCGCCCUCUACAACCAGAUCGGCUCGAAGUGGGCCGAGAUGAGCAAGCGCCUCAAGGGCCGCCCGGACAACUCGAUCAAGAACCACUUCAACACGACGCUCAGCCGCCGC